AAAUACGUUCGUCUGCGACGGCACGCGUAUUAAACUCAUUGUCGACUUUAUUAUAAAAAUAUUAUAUAAUCGGGUACGUGCGACUGUCUGUGUGUACCCGUGUCCAUAUGUGUGUGUUUGUGUGUGUGUGUGUGUCUUAUUUAAUUCGGUCGCGUUAAGACUACAACAGGUACAAUACGUGUACAACGCCCGAGACGUCUUUGACUGCAGUUUUUGAGUCCGUUUUCUGCACGUCGAAUACCUAAUUGGCCUAAGCCUUACGACGUCAACGUUAGCGUCAGCUGACGGUCUUGUCGGUGCGCCGUUGACUUGCUGCUGGAGGCGAAUUGGUCGCUCGUCCGGGAACCGUGCACGCGCGCGUUCGCUGGCUCGUCCAUGGACUUUGGAUCGGACUUUUUGUGCCGGUUUGACGCUCACGUGUACACCCGAACUAACGCGGUGGCACCAGCCGCGAUAACGAAGUAAAAAACAAACGACUGUAUCCGAUAGUGAAAAUUGCUCUUCACACGUCGCUCAAGUUACGACAAUAAUAAUUUAAUUACGCAUUGAUUGCGAUACCUCACGGAUUUUUUUCUGGUUUGUGUUUUUCCGGAAUAUUGUUGCGGUCUUCGGUACAUCCACGCACAGUGCCUAUUGACUGUCAUGGAUUAUUUCAUCUUUCGUGCAAGUGUGUAGUAUGUUCAAAAACUACAAAUAACGAAAGAAGUCAAUAAGAUGAUGAUUUCACCAGGAGGUGGUGGUGGACACCAGUCAUCUGCCACUGCUGCGGUGGCGGCAGCUGCUGCGGCGGCAGCUGCAGCAUCCUCUGCAGCGGCAGCGGCUGCAUCUUCCUCUUCCUCAGCUGCAAGUAGCUUUCUGCACUUAGGUGAUGUGGUGUCGCUGUAUUCGGAAGGCAGUGUUUCAGGCUUUUUGAGUACCUUGGGUCUAGUUGAUGAUAGAGCUGUCGUUUGUCCUGAGGCAGGUGAUCUUAACAACCCACCAAAAAAAUUUAGAGACUGCCUCUUUAUGAUGUGCCCUAUGAAUCGGUAUUCCGCUCAAAAACAAUUUUGGAAGGCAGCUAAACAACAACAGCUGCAGCAGCAUCAACGUUUGAGUGGCAAUGGAUUUCCACCUGGGAUUGGACCAUUAGGACCAUCUACAACAGUAGGACCUCCAAUAGCCACAGAUACUGUUUUAAUUAAGCGUCUACAUCAUGCUGCUGAGAUAGAAAAGCGCCAGAAUGAGUCAGAGAACCGCAAACUAUUGGGGACUGUAAUCCAAUAUGGCACUGUUGUACAGCUUCUACAUUUAAAAUCCAAUAAGUACUUGACUGUAAACAAGCGCCUGCCUGCUCUGUUGGAAAAAAAUGCUAUGCGUGUCUACCUUGAUGCAAAUGGUAACGAGGGCUCAUGGUGGUAUGUGAUGCCAUUUUAUAAACUGCGUUCUACCGGGGAUAAUGUUGUUCUCGGAGAUAAGGUCACCAUGGUGCCAGCCUGUGUUGGUGGUGGUGCAUCUCUCGGUACGCCUGGUUUAGGAGGUGCUAUGGGUGGUACAAUGGGAUUUGGCUUCGGUGGAGGCAGUGGAUUUAGUGGAGGAGGAGGAUUUGGUGGCAUUAGUUCAUUUGGUGGUAGCAGUUUUGGAGGCGGUGCCUACUAUAAUCAUCAACAACAACAAGUUGCAUUGCAUGUUGCUGGAAAUUUUGAGCUUCCUGACAAUCCCGGUUGCAAAGAGGUAAACGUUGUCAAUGCUGCUACAGGCUCGUCCAUCCAUCAUCAUGUACAACAUGGUAACAAUCAACAAAUUCAACAAUAUCAACAGCAGUCGUGGAAGGUCACUUUAUUCAUGGAGCACCGCGACAAUCAAGAUGAUGUGUUAAAAGGAGGAGACGUUCUACGCUUAUUUCAUGCUGAACAGGAAAAGUUCCUUACAAUGGAUGAGUAUAAAAGACAACAGCAUGUAUUCUUACGAACAACAGGACGAACUUCAGCCACGGCAGCCACAUCAAGCAAAGCACUUUGGGAAGUGGAAGUAGUGCAGCAUGAUCCUUGUCGUGGUGGUGCCGGCCAUUGGAACUGUCUAUUUCGGUUUAAACACCUUGCUACCGGUCACUAUCUAGCUGCUGAAAUAGAUGACGACGAAACUAUGGAUCAAAUGCGAUCAAAACUCAGAGAUGUUCACGGCGGACCUGUUUAUCAUUUGGUGUCAGUACCGCAUUCUAACGAAAUAUCUUCAUUAUUUGAACUUGACCCUACAACACUAUAUCAGGGCCGAAGUGGUCAAAGUAGGAUGGCUGCACGACAAUUACAAUCUGGUAGCACUCCGGCAUAUGGUGGAACUCAAGUAAUUUCAGGUUAUGGUGGAGGUUACGGUAGUACAACAAUGGCUGCAAUUCAACAUCAUCAACCAGCCAAUUUAGACUCAGUAGUGCCACAGUCCUCCUAUGUUCGUCUCCAUCAUUUGUGUACUAAUACGUGGGUCCACAGCACUUCGAUUCCCAUUGACAAGGAUGAAGAUAAGCCAGUCAUGUCCAAAGUUGGCUGUGCUCCAGUCAAGGAUGACAAAGAAGCAUUUGCCUUAAUACCAGUAUCGCCUUCUGAGGUGCGUGAUUUGGACUUUGCUAAUGAUGCGUGUAAAGUGUUGGCGUGUAAUAGCGCUAAGUUGUUAGAACAUGGCUCUAUAUCAGCUAAUGAAAGAAGGGCUGUCACAACACUGCUUCAGGACAUUGUGUACUUUGUGGCUGAUAUGGAAAAUGAACAAAACAAAUCAGAAGCAUUAGAGUUGGUGGUAGCAAAUCCAAACAGAGACCGCCAAAAAUUGCUCCGUGAACAAGACAUACUCAAGCAACUUUUCAAGAUACUACAAGCUCCAUUUGUCAUGGAUAAUGUCAUAAAUUCUAAUAAUGGAGGAAACAAUAGUGGAAGUGGUGGUGUUCGAGAUGGUUGUGGUGGACCAGCUGCUGCUUCAUUAAUAACAGCAGCAGAACCUCCAGAUGGAGAUAAUCAAAAAUAUGCAGCUGCAUACAAAUAUAUGUUCCGGUUAUGUUAUAGAAUACUAAGACUUAGUCAGCAUGAUUAUCGCAAAAAUCAGGAAUACAUAGCCAAACAUUUUGGGUUCAUGCAAAAACAAAUAGGUCUUGACAUUCUUGCCGAGGACACAAUAACAGCGCUGUUACACAAUAACCGAAAACUGCUAGAAAAACACAUUACAGCUGCUGAAAUUGAGACAUUUGUUGGCCUAGUACGGUUAAAAAAUGGUGGCGGAGGAGGAUUCAGUCAGUCAGCACCCAGAUUCCUCGAUUACCUAAGUGAUUUAUGCAUAUCAAAUAAGAAAGCCAUCGCCAUUACUCAAGAACUGAUCUGUAAAAGUGUACUCUUAAGUGGUUCUCGAGAUAUUCUGAUAGAAACCCGAAUGAUGAAGAAAUUGCUGCAGCGUAGCAAAAGUGGAACGGCUCCUCCAUUGAAUAUCCAUGAACUAACUGAUAUUGAUUCUAACUUAAAUGAUGACCAAGUGGUCAUGUUAUCUUGGAAUAAUGGGAAGAAUUCCAAAUCGUUGGUUGACCUAUCAGCAGAGGCCCGUCGCUGGCAACUGCAGCAAUUACAGCAUCUACACCAACACAACAAAGCUGGUGCAGCUGCAACAGCGGCAUCAAAAAACUGCAAUGGUUAUGAUGAUUGGCAUCUGCUUGAGUACUAUCGACAUCAAUUGGACCUAUUCUCAAAUAUGUGCCUAAACCGUCAAUAUCUAGCACUGAACAAUCUUUCACCACAUCUAGACAUUGACUUGAUUCUUAAGUGCAUGGCUGAUGAGAACGUCCGUUAUGAUUUACGUGCUUCAUUUUGUCGGCUCAUGUUGCACUUGCAUGUAGAUCGUGACCCUCAGGAACCUGUCACUCCUGUCAAAUAUGCCCGAUUGUGGUCUGAAAUUCCAUUGAAAAUAAGCAUUGACGACUAUGAUAACAAUAGACGAUUAAACAAUGAUACAGCCGCUGCUCAACAAGUUCGCACCAGAUUCAGCUCUACCAUAGCAUUUGUGGAGGACUAUUUGUUCAACGUAGUUGCAAAAAUGUGGAAUUUCCAAGAUGCUCAACAAAAUAAAUUAACUUUUGAGGUUGUCAAGUUGGCUAGAGACUUGAUUUAUUUUGGUUUCUACAGUUUUGGUGAUUUGCUUCGACUUACAAAAACACUAUUGAGCAUUUUAGAUUGCGUGUCAGAAAAUGACUUUGCGGCUGUUGGUCGUGGCAAUGGAAGUGAUAUUGUUAACAGUGUUUCAGCAGCAGUAGCCGCUACAACAACAACAUCGACAACAUCGGCAGAUGUGCAAGCUGAAGGAAUUGGUGCUAUGAGAUCAGCUAUUGGAGACGUUGGCGCCGUAGUUACUGGACUCACACUUGGUGGAAGUAGUGGUCGCAGGCAUCCCCCGCCGCUGUUAAAUAAAUCAAAAUCCACAUUGAGUAUGGUUACCACUGCUACAACGGGUUCAUCGUCUUCAUCACUACUACAUCAGCAGACUGGUGGCAGUGGUUCAACGAUUGUGAGUGGUGAGGCAUAUCCUCUGGUCAUGGACACAAAGUUGAAAAUUAUAGAAAUAUUACAGUUUAUAUUAGAUGUCCGCCUAGAUUACCGUAUUGGAUGUUUGCUGUCAAUUUUCAAACGGGAAUUUGAUGAAAUUGAAAGGUCUGCGGUAGCUGCUGCAGCAUCUAUUUCAAGCCUAUCGCAGCAGACAACGGGUACGGGGUCACCAACAAGUUCUACCAAUCCUACAACAGCAUCUUCCACAACAUCUUCAUCGUCUGUGUCUUCAUCAGCAUUUAUUGAUCAUCACUACCAUAAGUCAAUUGAUUUGGAACGGGUUGCUGCUCAAGCUGAAGGAAUAUUUGGUGAAAGCGAAGAGUGUGGUGGUGCCGCUUUGGACCUAGACGACAACGGCGGCCGAAUGUUUUUGCGCGUGCUCCUUCACUUGACCAUGCAUGAUUACCCUGCCUUAGUCUCAGGAGCAUUACACCUGUUGUUCCGGCAUUUUAGCCAACGACAAGAAGUGUUACAAGCAUUCAAACAGGUUCAACUUCUGGUGUCGGACGCUGACGUUGAAUCAUAUAAACAGAUAAAAUCAGAUCUAGAUGUACUACGGCAAAGUGUUGAGAAAUCUGAAUUAUGGGUUUACAAGUCAAAUAAAUCGACUGCAGCUACAGUAGCUGCUGGAGAUUCUACCACUCCAGUAGUUUCAUCGUCAUCUGUAAAUGGCAACAAAUCUAUACCAUCACAAUCUACAGUAGUGGAAGGUACCCAUGUGACUCAACCUACAAAUAUUACUGAAAAAGGAUCCUUUGAUAUUUUUGUAUCAGAUGGUAGCGGUGGUGGUGGUGAAGAAGAAUUUGAAGAUGAUGAAUAUAAAAAAAUACAAAAGAUUCUGAUUCGGAUGAAUGAACUGUGCGUUACUCGUGUACCUUUAUCAGUGGGUAUUGGGUUACAAUCAUCAUCUUCUAGAUCAAAUUUAUCCAUUGGAACUCCAACCAGCAUAGCCACAACAUCAGUAAUGAAAAAACCUAAAAAGCAUGAACAACGACUACUACGCAAUGUAGGGGUGCAUACAGUAGUGUUGGACCUUCUACAGGUGCCGUACGAUCGAAAAGGAGACCGGCGUAUGGAUGGUCUGAUGGAACUGGCUCAUGAGUUUCUCCAAUCGUUUUGCCUGGGUAACCCACAAAACCAGCAUUUGCUGCAUGCACACUUAGACCUGUUUCUAAACCCUGAGAUUCGGGACGCACGUACUGUUUGUGCUAUAUUUAAAGAUAAUCCGGUGUUGUGUAAUGAGAUUGGCGGCGGCGGUGGUGAUAAAGUUGUCCAACAUUUUAUACAUUGUAUUGAAUCGCAGGGAAAACGGGUCGAGUACUUGGAGUUUUUCCAGACAAUAGUAGGCUGUUGUUCGCCUGCACCGGGAUCCUCCUCGGUGUCGGAUGUCUCAGUACAGGAACCUGAAAAUUAUUACUAUGGUAGUGGUGGCAUGAAGCAGCGUCAUGGUGCAGCUGCAGCUGCAGCCGCUGCCAUACAGAAGCAGCAGUUUAUCAGGAAGUCACAGGACAUGGUUAUGCAAGAACUGCUUAAUGCUGGUGAGGACGUGCUGGUAUUUUAUAAUGACAACAAGGCAUCGUUCCAACAGUUCGUGGAAAUGAUGCGAAAAGAGCGUGAUAGACAGUACCGAGAAGACGUGCAAAUGCUAGUUUUAACAGCAGUAGAUUGUAGAAGAGGCUCAUCUGAUAAACAACAGGAGACCAACCAAAAUGUACUUAAGUCAACUACAGAUAUUGGGGAAUCAGUACCUACAGAAGACUGUUCUCUGCAAGAAGGAGUGACGACAGCUGAAGAAUCGGAAUAUGAAGACAAUAAUGAUCAUAAUGCUCUGAGAUACCAUGUUGAGUUGGUUAAACUUUUAGCUUAUUGCACUAUGGGUAAAAAUGUGUACACAGAAAUCAAAUGUCACAGUCUAUUACCAUUGGAUGAUAUUGUCGCGAUGGUGUCACAUCCAGACUGUAUACCAGAGGUGAAAGAGGCGUAUGUCAACUUUUUGAAUCAUUGUUAUGUGGAUACCGAAGUUGAGAUGAAAGAAAUCUAUGCAUCCAACCACAUGUGGACAGUAUUUGAAAAGAGUUUCUUGCCUGACAUGAACCGUGUAGCAGACCAAGUGGCUGCUGCGGCUAUAACUACCUCGCCACCGACCAUCGCUAGCGUUACCCGUACCAAAUCACAUUGCAAGCUGGUAAAAUAUGUUUGCGACGCUCUAAUCACUGUUAUUGGUUCGUUUUUCGGUAGUCCAUUUUCAUCGACAGCUGCAGCAGCUACUGCAGCAUCAGCUGUAUCAACUGCUUCAUCACCAGAUCAUCAUCACCACCAUCGACUGCAAACUGGUGCUGAUGAUAAUGGCAGUGGUUCCUCGUCGGCCGUAAUAGCAUCUGCCUCCAACGCUAAUGCUGCCUCUGUUGUACAAUCUAGGCAGCCGAUAUUUGUUCAACUCUUACAAGCCGCAGUCCGCUUACAUCAGCAACUGACUGCUGCUGGCCAUUUGACUAUUCAACAGCGAUUCAAUGUAGAAAACACAAUACGUACGCUUUCAGAUUACGCCAAAAAUAUGUCAAUUGACUUGCCUGCACAAUUGCAGACUCAAAUUAAUGGUAUAUUCAAUAAGCAAUCACAGACCUCUGCCAGUGGAGGUGUGUCAGGUGGAAAUUCAUCACCAUCUGCGCUAUUGCUCCGAAGACAAACAACUAAAUGGUUACAAGCGGCAAAGUCAACACCCAAAAAGAUGAUUGAAAGAUCACAAUCACAAUUGAUCAGAUUAGAUAAAAGCAUAGUUGAGGGGCUACAAGACAUAGUUCUAGUAUUAGAAGAUCAACUCAGACCAUUGGUCCAAGCUGAGCUCUCACUACUUGUUGAUAUACUCUAUCGCCCGGAACUUUUAUUUCCUAAUGUGGCUGCAGCUGCUGCUGUUGGUGAUACAGCUUCAGUAGCAGUAGCUGCCGCAGCGUGUGGUGUAACUGGUUUCAUCAACAGACUCAUUAAACAUACCGAACAAUUGUUAGAAGAAAAAGAAGAUAAAUUAUGUGUUAAAAUUUUGAAAACAUUACAAGAAAUGAUGGCUAUAGAUUUGGAUUACGGUGACAAGGGUGAUGCACUGAGACAAAGCUUGCUAGUUAGGUACUUUAAUAACGGCACAGGCUUGAUGGGUAUGGAUAGUUCAAAUGAUAGUGGAAUAGACGCUUCUGAUCUUGAUGGCAACAAUGGCAAUGCUACUGAUGAUGAUGAACAUAAUGAUGAAAACGCUUCUACGACUUCUGGCAGCCGCCUCAUAGGUUCCACUGCUACAGGAGAUUCUUCAACAAAAACGGUGACUGCUAAUCAUCAGCAACAUUUACCUCCACCACCAUCAACAACUUCAUGGUCGCCUCCGCCCCCAAUAUCAUUUAGACCUGAACAGCAACAACAACAACACAGAGUCACUCAUGGACCGGGUGCAAAAUUCUUGCAGCGUGCUGGGCUUACUUUACACGAAGUACAAACCCAUCUGGACAGAGAAGGGGCGUCGGAUUUGGUCGUUGAACUUAUUAUAAAAUCAGCUGCAGCUUCAGCAGCCGCGGCAUCAAUGUCCAGCGGUAGUGGUAGUGGUGGUGGUGCCGUCGGUGGAUUUUUUGGUUCAAUUGGCAUCGGUGGCGUUGGUGGUAAUUUUUUUGGCAACAAUUAUUACUUCGGUAGUGGUGCAGGAGCGAGUGGUUUUGGACCAUCGGCAUCGGCCGCAGCAGCAGCUCUCUCCGCGUCCCCCUCUUACUCAAUAUUUGUCGAAGCUGUGCAGCUGGGCGUUGCUCUGUUGGAAGGUGGCAACCCCGUUGUUCAGCGUAGUGUUUACAACAAACUAUUGUCGCCAUUACCRCCAGGUACCGCCGCUGCCGCUGCGGCUGCAGCUUCAGCCGGUGGUGGUGCUGGUGGUGGAAGAAGUGGUGGUGCAAGUCCGACUGACCCAUCAGUGAACUGCUGCCAACUAUUUUUCCGAGUAUUUUAUGACAAAAUGCGUGACGCCCAAAACGAAAUCAAGUCAACGGUUAUAGUAUCGGUAAAUACAGCUGCUACGACAGCCGCAGCUCAGGCAGCCCAACAGCAACAGCAAGAAGCUGAAAUGGCUGCAGGUGGACGACGGAUGCCAGUUUCCAGUAGUCAACAAAACCAUGGUGGUCAGCGACGACAAAAUAACCGUUUUGAUCGUAGUUCCGGAAAGAAAGGUAAAACUACAACACGAUCUAGAGGUGUUGGUGGGACGCGUCGAAUUUUAAUGACGGAUGAGCUGCGUGAAGAACUAACGCAAGCUGCAGCAGCCACUAGCCACGCGUACGCUGUUGGAGCUCGAAAUUUAUCAGUUUCGUCUUCAAUGAAUUCUGUCACUGGUGAACGAGACAACGAUGAUGACGAUGAAAGUCACUUAUCAUCGAUAGYUGAUGAUGGUAACGGUACUGCAGCUGAUAGACUUCAGCGAGCUGAUGAUUCGUACUACUACUAUUACCAUAGACAGCAGGAACAGCAGCAGCAAUACUUACAGCAACAACAGCAACAACAGCAACAACUAUUGUCGCCUAAAAUCCUGAUCAUGCAACCUAUUCUACGUUUCUUACAACUUUUAUGUGAAAAUCACAACCGUGAUCUACAGAACUUGCUUCGAAAUCAAAACAACAAAGUCAAUUAUAAUCUGGUAUCCGAAACUUUGAUGUUUUUGGACUGCAUAUGUGGUUCGACAACGGGUGGCUUAGGCUUAUUAGGCCUAUACAUCAACGAAAACAAUGUGUCGCUCAUUAAUCAAACACUGGAAACACUUACAGAAUACUGCCAGGGACCCUGCCACGACAAUCAAAAUUGUAUCGCUACGCAUGAAUCCAAUGGUUUGGAUAUAAUCACGGCACUUAUACUGAACGACAUAAAUCCAUUGGGCAAAACGCGCAUGGACCUAGUACUGGAGCUGAAAAAUAAUGCGUCUAAAUUGUUGUUGGCCAUCAUGGAGAGCCGAGGGGACGGUGAAAACGCCGAGCGCAUUCUUUACAAUAUGAACCCUAAGCAGCUGGUGGAUGUGGCAUGUCGAGCGUACUAUCAACAACAAUACGACGUGACGGYUUCGUCAGCGCGCCGACGACGUCGAGGUGGUAGGCUAGCGUAUGGCAUCGACGAUGAUUAUUUUGACGAUGUUGAUGAUGACGAUGAUGAAGAUGAAGAAGACGACGAUGGCCAAGAAGACUGUGAUGAAGAAGACUACCAUUUUGAAGAUAUACGAAUUGGCAAGGGGGCAUCUAUCGGYAGUGGCCGUAGUCGUAAUACCGGUGGCACAGGAGGUAUAGACGGCGUCUCUGACGACGAUGAUGACGAAGAUAGCGGUGUGUCGCCAAAAGAAGUGGGCCACAACAUUUAUAUAUUGUGCCACCAGUUAGCACAGCAUAAUAAAGAGUUGGCUGGUUUGCUAAAACCCAAUAGUUUGUACUGUAGUGAAGUCGAAGGCGUUCAAGCAACAGCUGGACAAAAUCAACAGCAGCAGCAGCAGCAGCAACAACAGCUACUACAACAACAAAACCAAGUCGAUCCUCGAGUUAACCGAGCCCUAGUUUAUUAUGCGUCGCAUACUGCUCAAAUAGAGAUUGUCAGGCAUGAUAGAACACUUGAACAAAUUGUGUUUCCUAUACCAGAGAUUUGUGAAUACUUGACCCAUGACACUAAAGUCAAGAUCUAUAAUACAGCUGAACGUGAUGAUCAGGGAUCAAAAGUUUCUGACUUUUUCGAGAAGACGGACGAUAUGUUCAACGAGAUGAUGUGGCAAAAGAAGCUGAGAGCACGGUCAUCAUUGUUUUGGGUUAGCAGCUUCAUGUCCUUGUGGAGCAAUAUUUUGUUUAAUUGUGCUGUGAUCAUCAAUCUUAUCGUGGCAUUUUUCUAUCCAUUUGACAAUGGUGGUAGUGGUAGUAGUAGUAACAAUGUUGACGAUGGGCAACGCCGUCGUAUGAUAUCUGCUUUGGGUGGACAUGUUUCGGCAGCCGUGUGGCUUGGAUUACUGGCUUCAAUCUUCGCAGCUGCGUUUUUGAUAUGGGCUCGAGACGAUUAUAAUUCUGAUGACGUUGACGAUGUUGAAGACGACGACGAUGAAGACGAAGAUAAUGGCGCUGGAGAUGACAGAGACCAACAACAACAGCGAAAAACUACUCGCCGUCGUCGACAGCAGCGGCGCCGUAGACGUAGGCGUACWUUGUUGACUACCAGGACAAGUCGACGAAGGUGGACGGCUGCAGUUCGCACCACUCUGGUAGUCACUGCCAUCCUCCGGCUGAUAUUGUCUGUUGGCCCAGAACCCACUCUUUGGCUAUUGGGUGCGAUCACGGUAGUAAUGAAAAGUGUGCACAUUAUCAGUAUCAUGGGUAAUCAGGGUACGUUUACCAAACGCCUGGGUCAGAUUUUGGCUUCAGCUGAGAUUCUCUACCAUCUAAUGUACAUCAUGUUUUGUAUACUUGGCCUAUGUAUGCAUCCAUUUUUCUAUAGUGUGUUGUUAUUGGAUGUCGUGUACCGCGAAGAAACAUUGUUAAACGUCAUACGGUCAGUCACGCGCAAUGGCCGGUCUAUAAUAUUGACUGCAGUUCUGGCUCUCAUACUGGUCUACUUAUUCUCCAUAAUCGGCUACAUGUUCUUCAAAGACGAUUUCCUAGUACAAGUUGAUGAUGAUGUUKUGGUUGACACCAAUGGCGGUGACAAUCAGCAAGCUUGUUCGGCAACUGCUGCGGCUGGAGAAGAUUUUGUCUGCAGCGAUAGUGGUAGCAGCUUGACAAGAUCUUCAGUGUUUGUAGAUUCUGGCGGUGGUGAUCGGAAAGAAAGAGCUUGUGACUCGUUGAUCAUGUGUAUAGUCACAACAUUAAACCAGGGUUUGAGAAAUGGAGGUGGCAUAGGUGAUAUACUYCGAGCGCCCAGUAGUCAGGAACCCCUUUUUGUGGCACGUGUUGUUUAUGAUCUGCUAUUCUUCUUCAUUGUUAUCAUUAUCGUUUUGAACUUGAUUUUUGGUGUAAUCAUUGAUACAUUUGCUGACCUGCGUAGUGAAAAGCAACAAAAAGAACUGAUACUGAAAAACACUUGUUUUGUGUGUGGACUCAACAGAUCCGCUUUUGACAAUAAGACUGUAAGUUUUGAAGAGCACAUUAAGUGUGAACACAACAUGUGGCACUAUUUAUAUUUCAUUGUUUUGGUAAAAGUAAAGGACCCUACCGAAUUCACCGGCCCUGAAAGUUAUGUUUAUGCCAUGGUUAAGGACCGCAAUCUAGACUGGUUUCCACGUUUAAGAGCAAUGUCACUGCUUAUGGCUGCCCAGGUGGAUAGCGAAGGCGAACAGGUUGAACUUAGAGGAUUACAAACACAGUUAGAAACUACACAGACUUUAGUGGCAUUACUAUCACAACAACUUUCUGAACUCAAAGAACAGAUGACGGAACAGCGAAAACAGCGACAGCGAAUUGGACUGUUAAAUUCAACUAGCGCAUAUUAUGGUGUUGGUGGAGGCAGUAGAGUCAAUGCUUUACGUCAGCAGAAUCAAAUUGGUCUAUUAUGAGAAACCUGUUGCAGCAUAAUCAUAUUCUCUGUUUUUUUWAAAAAAAAAUGUAUACAUGAAUUUUUUAAUUAAUUGGUACAAUAUGCACACAAAGAUGUCUGUAAUAACAACGUUACUAAUGGGAUUAGCAAUAGUAAAUACUUACACUACCGGGUACUUAGAAUUCAGUUAUUUAUAUUAUUAUUGUUUUAAUGGUAGGUAGUUGAAUUGUUAUUAAGUAAAAAAAA